AUGUCCAGCCUUGAACAAGUGAUCUCUCUGUUGAGCAACCUCCAAACGCAGAUGCAAGUCGCCCAAUCAGACUUGCAACGGGAUAUCAACUCCUUGCACCAGGAUAUCGCCAUCCUAGGGAAAGAUGUAACUUCCCUACGUUGUGAUCUGGACCAGAAAACCAACUCCUUGCACCAGGAUAUCGCCAUUCUGGGGCAAGAUGUGGGGCGAGAUGUAUCGUCCAUACAGCAGGAUGUGAAGGCCUUGCAGGAGAAUGUAGCUUCCUUGCCGCCACAUGAUCCAACCCUGAAGCAGGCUAUGGUCCAUAACCUCGACAAAUUGUCCCAUCAAUUUGGUGGCCUUGUAGUGGACUUCCAAAGGCUAGCGGAUUCGAUCCAUUCAAACUUUGACUCAUGGGCCAGGGUGGCUCACUCCCGUGUCAUUGACAAGGUCUUAGAGAUACAGCGUCCUCGUCUCAAGGCCAUAGAAAAUCAACUGCACAAGAACUUGUGCACCUGCCUCCAUGACAACUCUCCCACUUCAAUUCCCGAAGCAACAGCACAGCAUUCCUCCAGACCCGGUCUCUGCAUCCUUACAUCAGACGAGGCAGAGUCUGAAGAUGCCAGUUCAAAUGCCAGUUCAACUUCAAGCGAAGGCACUAAUUCCCCUCUAUCCAUUGAAACUGCCAGCAGCGGUGGUUAUGGGACUUUUGGGUCGCAUGGAGCAUGCCAUGAGUUGUAA